AUGGCGGACGCGUCGGGUAAUGCGCUCAAGCGCCCUCAUCCUCAGGAUGAAGACAACAACGCCAAAAGGACCCGCUCCAACAAUGGAUCCCCAGUAUCCGGACAAGCAGCGCCUGUGAAGGGAAAGGUUGAUAUUGAAAAGAUGGUGGCUGAGGCCAGGGCAAAGGCAGAAGCUGUACGCGCUCGUCUACAAGCUGCACGCGGUGGCGCGAUACCAACGGCACCUACACCCGAUUCCUCAAGUCCUACUCCGCCAGCACCAUCACCUGCGCCCAGUCCUGCAAUGUCGAGAUUGGAACAAAUGAAAGCUCGGGUUGCUGCAGCUACAGCAAAAGCCAGCGCCCCUCCGCAACGGCCUCAUGCGCCCACUCCAUCUUAUCAGCCUCCUGUUCGCGACGAUGAAGGAAACUCCAAGGCUCGAGGUGGUCUGGAUGUUGGUCUUCAUCCAGCACUACUCUCUGAUGCUAAGCCAGAGUUCCGAAGUGGAAAGGGACGGCAGGGCAAGGGAACAAAUCAACGUGAUGGCAAGGCACAGCUUGACCUCUCUGGUCCAUCCGUGGAGGAAAUCAAGAACAAUCCUUAUUUCGAUCCUACGCUUGCGCCUAAAGCGACAGUGGCCAAGCCACGUCAAACUCGGCAACUUCUUUUCAACCAGAAGGGCAAAUACAUUCAGCAGGCGGCGGCCCUGCGAAGGCAAGCACAGUUGGAGGCAAUGAAAAAGAGCAUUGCAGCCCGAGCACGACAGGCUGGCCUUGAUGAGGAAAUGGACGUGGAGAAAUCAUAUCUUGUCCCCGCUCCACCAGAUCUGGAAUGGUGGGACGAAGGCUUGGUCAAUGGCAGCAACUACUCUGCAAUUGACGAUCAACAAAAUAUCAAAGUUGAUACCCCGGAUUCGAUUAUUACGCGAUAUGUUCAACAUCCUAUUCUUAUUGAACCCCCGCAAGAGAAACAUGUGCCUGCUCAAAAGCCCAUGUUCCUCACUCCGAAAGAACAAGCCAAGAUUCGUCGACAGCGACGUAUGGCAGAUCUGAAGGAGCAGCAGGCCAAGAUCAGACUGGGUCUUGAGCCAGCACCCGCUCCCAAAGUGAAGAAAUCAAACCUCAUGCGAGUUCUAGGCGAACAAGCCGUCAAGGAUCCCACGGCUGUCGAAGCUCGUGUGACCAGAGAGAUCGCUGACCGAAAAGACCAGCACGAGGUCGCAAACGAGGAGCGAAAGCUGACCAAAGAGCAACGGCGCGAGAAACUUGCAGCUCAGCAGGAGAAGGAUGUCUCGUUGGGCGUCUACCAAACUGUAUACCGAAUCGACAGUCUUGCAAGUGGCAGGAACCGCUUCAAGAUUGGCAAGAACGCAGAGCAAAAUAAUCUAACCGGCAUGUGUGUUAUGCACCCGAAACUUAACUUGGUAAUCGUUGAGGGCGGAAAGCACUCCGUCAACAGUUACCGAAAGUUGAUGAUGAACCGUAUCGACUGGACUGAGAACCCAGGCUCGGACCGUAUGUCCGCAGACAGCCCUGAGGCCCAGGUUUCAUGGUUAUCAACAGAGGAUGACAAAGGACAGCCGAGGGAUUUCAGCGAUAACACAUGCACUCUACUCUGGGAAGGACAGACUAAGAACCGGUCGUUCAAGAGGUGGUUUGGAGCGCGAGUUUGUGAAACAGACUCAGCAGCCAAAGAUGCCCUUUCCCGAGCCAAGAUGGAAAACUUCUGGACCCUGGCAAAGAGCGCCAAGCCUGCUGAGUUCUAG